CCUCACCGUUAUUUGAGCUAUUUAAGAUCUUGUACUGUUCAUUUGUUAUGUUGGAUCAUGUUAUUUAGUCCGUUCAUUGAACCAGAAUCAGCUGAUUGAGCGCGCUUUACGUGUGUUUCUAUUCAAUGAUGGGGAGUUCUUUUAGACCAGUGGACUAUUUGUCGCAUAAUAUUCACCAUGUUUCUUCUCAACACGAUAAUAUGCAGAACACGUUUGGUAAACAUAGACGGAUGCGUUCAGAGGGGUCUGCCUGUAUCACCUCAUCUUUCUGUGAUCCUCUGAUCUCAAAUCAAACAGAUGCAGAUUGGAUGCCACAGUCUGCUGUCAGGAGGCGAAAGUUGCCGAAGUUUUGCCUGCCCAGCGAUUCUUCAAACCAUGUGGCCACCAACGCAUAUACAGCACAACCGUCUUGGGAUCUAAAUUCGUCUGUUACAGACUUGCAGUCACUAACUGUUCCCAAAACAAAUCACUCUCCCUUGUGCGCACAUCGUCGAUCUGCUAGUUAUGGUGGAGAUUACUUUACGUUCGCAGCUCAUGAGAUUGGAGAGGCUGCUAGUAGGGCUGUAGAACAAGCAGAAGAGUUGGUUAUUCACCUUUGGAAAAAAGGGUGGAGAGUAGUUCAUCACCAUAGCUUACCACACUGGUUAAAAGACAACGAUUUUAUCCUCCGGGGUCACCGUCCGCAACUCCCAUCAUUUCGUGAAUGCUUCCGUUCUAUCUUCCGACUUCAUACGGAAACAGGAAAUAUUUGGACACAUCUCAUUGGUUUCGUUUGUUUUCUGAUCUUGAGUAUCUCAUUUCUAGUUCAUCCGGGUUUAAAUAUACAUUGGCAAGAGAAAAUGGUUGUUCAGGUAUUUUUUACAAGCGCCAUCCUUGCACUUGGUUUUUCAUGGUUGUUUCACACAGUUUAUUGCCAUUCAGAACGUGUUGGUAAAUUAUUCAACAAAUUGGACUAUGUUGGAAUAUCAUUACUUGUUAUCGGGUCAUUUAUCCCAUGGAUCCAUUAUUCUUUCUAUUGUUAUAAUUCAUUCAAACUUGUUUAUAUUUUGGCUGUGCUGAUACUUGGUGGAUUUUGCGCUUUUGUAUGCACGCAAGAUUAUUUUCUUAGCCCAACGUAUCGUGCAGCUAGAGCACUUUUGUUUAUUGCUCUUGGUCUGUCGGGAGUGGUUCCUUGUGUACAUUAUAUUCUAAUUGAAGAUCUUCAGGAGGGUGUUCAUUAUUCUGCACUUGGAUGGCUUAUUCUAAUGGCUGUACUAUAUAUAUCGGGAGCUACCAUUUAUGCACUACGUAUACCUGAGCGUCUUUAUCCUGGUAAAUUUGAUAUUUGGUUCCAAAGUCAUCAAAUAUUUCAUGUAUUUGUUGUAUUGGCUGCCUUAGUACAUUUGAAUGGUAUUAUGGAAAUUGCUCAGCAUCGAUUAAGCAAAGGCGGUUGCGAUAAUCAACUGUAAAUGUGCUAAAAUAUCCUCUCUCUUUAUCCAUUUCAUUUUUAUGAAUAUUCUUACUUUUCCAGGACAUUAUCUACCAUAUUACUACUGUGUUUGUUCAUGUAGGAUAUAAUAUAAUCAGGACUGUGUACAGAAAUGUAGAUUUGUAAUUGUUUUUGUCUCGAAUAUACUAAUCAAAUAUUCAAUGGUUUCUUUAGACUUUCUUUUAUUUUAUCGUGAAUUAUUUCAUUCCAAUGGCAUUUUCAGAAUAUAUCAAAUAAUUUAUUUCUUAUCUCUUUCCAUUUUUGACACACACACAUACAAUACCUAUGCCUAUUUAUUCUAACGUAACCAAUAAGUAUGUUUUGUUACUUAUUUAUGCAUAUGACUACGUGUUUGUAUACAGUUGUGCACGUAUGUAAAAAGCGUUGUUUUCUGUGUUAUUGUUUGCGGUUGUUUCUCGUUUCAGCAAGGAACAGGUCAUUGUUAUUAUUAUUAUUUUAGAAGGUAUUAGUUUAGUAUUUUGCCUUUUAUUUUCAAUAAAGAAUAAACUGUUU